CGUCACCUUCGAGUAAUUCAUUUUCGUUUCCGACAUAGUUCCAUCAGCAGGGUCCAUACCGCUGUAUUUAAGCAGGGCUGCACAUGGGGAUGCCAUAUUCUUACUGUCACGCUUAACAGGGCUCAAGUUACCAUCGCACCACCAUGACGGACUUCAAUUCGAACUCGAAGGAGGCAGAACCGGUCAUCGUGUCGCCUCUGCCCAAACAUCUCUACGAGGAACUCAAUGCCUCACUGAAGGGCCAGGUAUUCAUUCGAGGAAAUCCUCACUUCGUUGAAUACACGACAAUGUUCAACGGGAAUGUAAAAACACUAGCAAAGGCAGUUGUCUGUCCUGUCGAUGCAGAGGACGUCAGCACUGUCAUGCUCUUCUGCCUAAAGCAUUCACUGUCACCGUCCAUCAAGGCCGGCGGAUAUGGGACCGCUGGCUGGGCUGUGGGAGGAGACGUCGUCCUUGACAUGAGUAGGAUCGUGGACAUAGAUAUCGAGGUCCCGAAUCCUGAACUUCCAGGCGGGUAUACUAGCCUCGAGGACAUGAAGCCCUCCACGAACAAUAAAGGCAAGCAACCAGCCACCGGUAAACGACGACGAGAAGAAGAUGCCAGCCUUCGUUCGUACCAUCUAGCUUCAGAGGCUGUGGCCAAUUUCCUCGAGGGGCCGUCGAGUAAUAGAAGGAGGACUAAUCUCGACGGAGACUCUGUAUCUCCACCUUUAGCCCCGGGGCCUGCUUCGCCUGUUGUUAUCCUUCCGACCCCUUCGAACGGCCCAGUACCAGUGCCAGGGACCUCCCAAGCGCCCGUAGACGCCGACCCUUUUGGGUAUCUGAAUCCGAGCCAAGUUGUUCUCCCUCCCGACGUAAAAGUCUCUUCGUCUUACUCGACAUGGACCGAGACCGCCGCUGCCGCGCCGUUUUCUGGAGGCUCGAAUUUACCUCCUGCGCAGCUGAAUAUUCUGUCGCCUCCAGAGCCUGUGCAUUCGCAUGCUUUUGUGACGUUCGGAGCUGGGAUGCGACAGAAGGAGAUUGAUAUGUAUACGGCUGCACAUCCACUGGAGGCUACUUCGUUGUCCGGGAAAAAUGAUGGGAUACCCUAUCACGUUCCUUUUGCCGCUCAUCCUGUGGGGUCAUCUAUCAUGCUUCUCGGAGGUUUCGGAUUUCUGAGCCGCCUUCAUGGAUUAAGCGUCGACAACUUAGUUGAGGUUGAGAUGGUUCUGGCGAAUGGAAAGAUAGUUGUCGUGAACGAGACUUCCCAUCCUGACCUUUGGUGGGCAGUACGCGGCGCUGGGCCAGCCUUCGGAAUCGCUACUCGGUACAAAGCAAGAGCAUACCCCGUACCUGUGGUGUUCGCUGGUAAUCUCAUAUAUCGUUUCAAAAAAGCUACAGCUCCCUCCCUUCUGAAGCAUUUCCGUGAUUGCGUCAAGGGCGCUCCACGGGAGCUGUAUGCCAAUGUGUUGCUUACGGCUGGACCGGAGGGCAAGGCUUCCCUGGUUGUAAUUCAAAUGUGCUAUGUGGGCACGAAAGAAAAAGGGCAGGAAUACCUCGCUGCGAUAUCCUCUUGGACGGGAGACACUUGCCUCCUGAAUGAGGUGGACGAGAAAAGUUUCUUGCAUCAACAAGACAGCGUGGCGCAGGUUCUUCGGGGAAAAGCUGGACGACAGUGGUUCAUUCGGUCAGCCUUGAUCACUUCGCUCCCCGAUGAUAUUAUCCAUGAAACUGUUCUGAACUUUUCGGACACGCCUGAUGGUUGCACUUGGCUUUUUGAAUUGACGGGAGGCCGGAUCAGUGAUAUCGAAGAUUCGUGUUUGCCAAAGGAACAGAGAGAGGCGGCAUUCACUAUUGCUGCGCUCCAUCAAUGGGAUAUGGACGUACAAGAUGACAGGUGUGAGGAGUCGGCCGAAGAGUGGAUUGGAGGUACCCUUAAACCUGUUCAUAGAGGCGGUCCGUUCCCUAGUUUCCUUGGCAGGCAUGAAGCGCCGGAGCGGACGAUCGCAUGUUAUGGUGACAAGAAUUUCGCGCGACUCAAGGAGAUAAAGAAAAAGUAUGAUCCUGAUAAUGUAUUCAGGAAUUGUCUGUGGCCUGUCGAUGCAGAAGGAACUAUGGUGGAAGCCAGAUUGCAGGAGCCCCCGACGCCUUAAUAAGGACGUUUCGGGUCUGGCAUGUCAUAUUUCUCUUGUUGGUGGAUCAAGGGGUCAUUUUUGGAAUCUACAACCAUAUAUACACGUACGGUAUCCAGUUCUAUACAGCCACGGCUAAGCGCUUUGACAAAUACAGUUGCUAUUUCUUCGGCCGCGCCCCGGGA